CAUGCUUCUGUUUAUUUUAGGUUUGCUGACAGAUUUGAAAUUAAAAUUACAAACAUCAGGAAAAUAUGCUGAUUUUCUGGAAGAAUUCAAGUCGUGUAGAAAAGAUGAAGAUCGUUUGAAACUGUUGAAUAGUUUAGACGAGGUCCAGGAUAUGGUUACAGUAAAAGUUGUAAAGAAAUGUAAAAAUGUUGAAGACUCAGUACAUCUUCGGUCAUCUAUAGAUUAUGGUAAAUAUCCUGAAAAUCUCAGGAGAAAAAUGAAGCUGAUAGAAUGAUGGAUGAAAUAAAACAAGAUUGGUUGAGCCGAGGAAAGAACUCCGUGUAAAGAUGCUGACCCCGCCCGGGACCUCUUACGGCAUCUUAUUGUCAAAGGAUGGAAAUGCCUUUACAGAAACUUCUAUACACCGCAACUUUGUCACAGAAUCCUGAAAAACUUGAACAGCUGAGUCUAUUCCAGCCAAAGUUGGUCACAUCUGUUGUCAAAACUGGAAUAAAACCAUCACAGUCUAAAACAUUCAACAAAAGACAGGACAGUGGAGAUAAACUGGCAAAGAGAUCUGUUGAUAAGGAAUCUGACAAUGAUGCUAAUUUAGAGAGUGACUCAGAAACAAAGAAUGUUGACAAUAAACCUGACGGUGAUGCAAAUAGCAUUGAAAAAAGCAAGAUUGUCGAGAAACCUGGUGACUUUGUGGGUAAAUACGCAACCCCAUCUAGCUUAUCAGAAUAUUACAUAGAAACGACAAGUGGUGAAAAACCAUUGAUUAUACUACAUCUUCUUCAUCAUCUAAAGUAUAGAAACAUCCUUUGCUUCACAAAUUCUGUAGAGUCAACACACAGGUUGUUUAUGUUAAUCAAGUUAUAUGGAGGGAUUGAGGUAAAAGAAUUCUCCUCUAGUAUACAUGUAGCUCGCAGGAAUGCCAUCUUGAAGAAAUUUGAGGCUGGCAAAAUUGAUAUCCUUGUGUGCUCAGAUGCUAUGGCUAGAGGAAUGGACAUAACAACAGUGAAAUAUGUAAUAUCUUAUGACCCACCCUCAUACAUACAGACUUACAUACAUCGUAUUGGUAGGACAGCUAGAGCGGGCAAGGAAGGGUCUGCAUUUACUCUAUUACAAAAGAAAGAGUUUUUCCACUUUAAGAAGAUGGUCAUCCGUUGCGGUUCGAGUCAAAUAGAAGGUACAACAACUCCAGGAUUACGGUCUGACACAGAUUACCUUAUAUCUAAGAAUAAAUUUAAUGUGAUACAAGACUGGAGUGAAUGGGAAUAUGGUAAACAUAAUUUGUUAAUGAUUCAAGAUGAGUAUGUCUCACCAGGAUAUUGUUUGUUACAAAUAUUAAGAGAUGAUGCUCCACUACCGUACAUAGAUGUAGUUAAUGAUAAUUUUUAUAGAGACAGAAUGGGGAGAAUAUUGUUAAAAAAUACAAUAUUCAAUUUUCUUGGAAAUAAUGCAUUAAUGAGACACGGUCCAGCCUAUUCUCAACAAGAUGUUCCUGGGGUCAAUGAUUAUGAUUAUGUUCCUGCCUUUCCCUCUCGGUUAUACCCAGUUCAAGCAGGGCAUUGGUUAUGGCAACAUAGAGAAGAGCAUUGGCCUACAACUGAUAUGAUACAGUACUGUAAGAACACGGGAUGUUUUGUUGUAGGCGUUGGAAAAACAGGAAGU